GUGUGCGCAUGAAGCAACCAAUAGCCAACGAAUCCGGGUUACCACGAGUUCACAGAGAACCUAAACAAGUUUCACGCUAUAGCAUCAAUGCUAACGCUGGGAAGAAGCUGAAAUAAUGACUAAAAUCGUGUAACUCGAUUCAAUAAUACAGACUAACGAUAACCCUAACUUCACAUACAGUUUAACUUAUGGCCAUGGCUGCACGAGAGAUUCGCCAGUAUCGCCACGCCGCGAUGUUGAUCAAGCAGGACGACGACUCCGAUGCCGAAGAAUCGAUCGUCGUGUUAAAGAAACCGGACGGCCGCGAGUCGCAGAUCAUCCACAGUGGUCAUUUUAUGGUGUCCUCUCCUCAUACCGAUCACCCACCGAAGAAGGGAUACGAUUUCGAUACCGUCAAUAAACAAACAUGCCAGACGUAUCACUUCGGAAAGACGAGCACGUCGCAUCUGUCCAUCGACGCUUCUCUGACGAAACUUUUCGAGUGUAUGACCCUUGCGUACAGUGGGAGGUUAGUUUCACCGAAAUGGAAAAACUUCAAAGGACUAAAGCUGUUGUGGAGGGACAAGAUUCGGCUGAACAAUGCUAUCUGGCGAGCCUGGUACAUGCAAUAUGUAGAGAAAAGACAGAAUCCUGUUUGCCAUUUUGUAACACCUUUGGAUGGCAAUAUGGACUCUGGAGUCCAUCGACCAACAGAGGCGAUAGCAACAGAAGGGAAGUAUUGGAAAAGAAGAAUUGAAAUUGUCAUCAGAGAGUAUCAUAAAUGGAGAACGUACUUUAAGAAAAGGUUACAGAGGCACAAGGAUGAAGACCUUUCCAGCCUUCUCACGGGAGCGGAGGAACAGUUGUCACUCUUUGGAGAAGUGUGUCCAGACACCUGCCGUAUCCCCUUCUACCAGGACGAGGACAUCAGCAGUCGUCGCUACUCCCGCAGGAGUCGGGAUUCCCCCGUUCCCAUGGAGAUGGACAUGCUCUUCGACAUGGAUGUGCUGAUGUCUGAAUUCUCAGACACGCUGUUCUCCACGCUGGCCUCGCAUCAGCCUGUGGCCUGGCCUAAUCCUAGAGAAAUUGCUCAUGCAGGGAAUGCAGAUAUGAUCCAGCCUGGCCUUAUUCCCCUGCAGCCCAAUUUGGACUUCAUGGACACCUUUGAACCUUUGCAAGAUUUGUUUCACACCCUGCGUCCACCUGCCUUCCCCUCCACUUCCCCCACUGCCCUACCUGUCACCCCUAUAACCAGCAGCAGUUCCCAAACACAGGCGCCCUUACAUCCUCUCUCCACUGAGCUUUCUACAAUACCAUUGGACUACCGCCUCAUCACCUCUGUACCAUUGCCCAGCCAUCUCUCAGCAGCCAAUCAGAACACUGAUAACUCUGUUGGCCCUUCCUUCCAACAGAGUUUCAUGCCUCUCUUCACAGAACAAGUGAACAAUACCGUCAUCCCCCCAACAGCUCCGCCUCUCUCUCCAGGACCCCACCAUUCACAGUGUCCAGGUGUUUCUACAGAAACUCCCGCCCCUCAGCCCACCCCAAACAUUGCACCUCCAUCCGUCAUUACGCACAGCGCCCCCUCCACCGUGACUCCCACUGAUGCUGCCACUUCCUUCAGGUCAAACUUUGAGAUGCCCAGUACAGCAUCUCCUCAGUCUGGGGUCUCAAAGCCCCUAAACUUUGCACUACCGAAACCCGUCCUCCCUCCCGCCUCUAACAAAAAGAGCAGACAUGCACAGAGGCCGAUCAUUCCGGCCAAUCGGCUGCCAUCUUCUCAACUUAUUCUCACAGGUCCUACAAGCGCUGUUAUUGUUACUCCGUCCCUCAACAAUGAUGUUGUCUCCACCACUGGUAUGGUCCUCGCCUCGCCCAGUAUACCUUGUGGUUCUGCUGGUUUCCACAUUCUUCCUCAAACCCAGAAGUCUCCUCAACUUAUCGUGCCCAAAGAGGAAAGCACUUCAACCGUGUCCAACAGUAAAACGUCAACACAGUCUGCGACAGCACUUGAUGGACGGGUGUCAGGUCAAGGGUCACCUUUAGGAGCAGAACAGGUGCCGAGCCCUCAGUCACCUCUCAACAGCAGCACGGGUUUGGCUAAAAGUGAAUGCAGUCAGAGUCGGAGAGUAAGUCACAUAUCAGCUGAGCAGAAGAGAAGAUUUACCAUCAACGUCUGCUUUAAGACGCUGUGUGGUCUGGUGCCCACUCUUAAACCACAAUCAAGUAUCAGUAACGCGGCCACACUUCAGAAGACCGUUGAAUACAUCAGCAAGUUACAGUUGGAGAGACAACAGCUGCUGGAAGAGACAAAGAGAUUAAGAGAGGAGAUUGAAGACCUCAACACGUCUAUAAACUUAUGCCAGGAGCAGCUGCCUGCCACUGGAGUUCCCGUCACACGUCAUCGCUUUGAUCAUAUGAAGGAAAAGUUUGAGGACUAUGUGAAGAGCAGAACCCUUCAGAACUGGAAAUUUUGGAUUUUCAGUGUCAUCAUUCAACCUCUGUUUGAGUCUUUUAACGGGACGGUGUCGACCACCAACCACACAGAGCUGUGUGAGACCACAAUGCAGUGGCUGGACCGCUACUGCGCUCUCCCUGUCCUGAGACCCAUGGUUCUCCGGACACUCCGUCAGCUCUGCACCAGCACCUCCAUCUUGACAGACCCCUCACUUUUACCUGAGGAGGCCAAACAGGCCGCUCUCAACAGCCAAAAACAUUCCUCAGGACCUUAAUCCAACAACCGUUCGGAGGUUUUGAUGAUCUGAAGAACUUUUAUCCAGACGUGUCAUCCUCGUGAGCCUUGAAGACACGUGAUGCCUUUAACACACCGUGUGCUGUGCUCAGGUCUGUGUUGUUACUCAGCUGAUGGGAAGCGGCGACAAAUUCUUUGACUUUUCAUUAAAGGUGUUUUGGGAUGUGAGAUCUUUAGGUACAUUGCACUAUGUAGAGAGAACACUGUUACAAACUGAGAAAUCUUACGGUAAGUACCUAAUGCCUUUUUUUAUGAACUUUUCUUUUGCAUUAGAUGUUAAACAAAACAACUUGACUCUACGUUUUGAUCUUAUCCUCUAAUGAGCCAUCGUUGAACACAGCAGUCAUAUCUGAAGUGCUUUUUCUGUUUAUGAGAUUUCAUUAUGAGUUGUUGCGGGUUUUUUGAAUGUACCUCAGGUGGUGUUACAAUGUAUUUAGAGUUAUUUUUUACUUCUUUUAAAUCCUGAGGCGUGUGUCUAGCAAAAAAAAAAAAAAUGCAUUAUUCGCAACAAACUUCUCCAAAACAGAACUAUGUUAGCCCAGGAUGAGUUACAUACAAUUUGUGAUGCACCUUACAGUGAGUAAAGAGUAAAGCUUCAGUACCUCAGCAAGUGAAUAAUCGUUUAUGCAUGCAUGCAUUUUGAGUUCAUAUGUGUCUUAAUGUCAAACGUCUGUUUUUAAGAGUAUUCAUUAAAUUCAACUCUUGGCUCUUAA